AUGGCCACGGAGCCAACCAUCCGUCUCGCACGACGCGCCGACGUCACUACGGUCCUCAACCUCAUCAAAGAGCUCGCCGCCUUCGAAAACUGUGAGGACCAAGUCGAAGCCACCGAAGGCACCCUCCUCACGACGCUGUCCUUCGAAGAGACGGACUCCAUCGGCACGAGCCUCGGCAACUCGGGGUAUGCGAAGACGCUCCUGAUUCAAUCGCCGGACGGCGACGUCGCGGGCAUGGCUCUGUACUUCUUCAACUACAGCACGUGGCGCGCGCGCCCGGGGAUUUACCUGGAAGACCUGUACGUGCGGCCGGCGUAUCGGCGGCGGGGGUAUGCGGGGUUGCUGUUGAAGGAGUUGGCGCGGAGGGCGGUGGAGAUGGACGGGGGGAGGUUGGAGUGGGCGUGUUUGACAUGGAAUGAGAAUGCGUUGAAGUUCUAUGAGGGGAUUGGGGCGACGAAGAUGGUGGAGUGGGUGGGGUUGAGAGUGGAUGGAGAGGCGUUGGUUAAGUUGGCGAGUGGAAAGGAGGAACGAGUACUUGGGCAAGACGUCAGGAUUCAUUCGGAAUAGGAAUCUACCAUUUUUGGGUGCUUUGGAGAUGUGGUGUGAUGGAGUAUGGUCGGUUUCAACUUCGCUGGCAGACUGCCGCUCAGGUAAAUUAAGCUCGCCUGAAAUCAAGACGAGAUUCAUCAUUUCGUAUACGUCAUUGUAGAUGUAAGCUUCCAAGGCUGAAGUUCAUGCGACAUCCAUCAGCUUUGCUCUAAUGGACGGAAUAUUCCAUAGCAGAGUCCACAGCGAUAGGAUCGAAUGGAGUAUGCAGCUAGGGAAGCAACGUAAGAUGUGUGAUUCAGUGG